CUCAGCCUCAUGACUUAGGAUCAAGAAUUGCUGUGCGGCUUUAUAAAACCAGAAAACACAAACCUUUCUCGUUGUCACAAACACCACUCAACCAUGGCAUCCUUCCCCACCUGCUCCGCGGAAGAACUAACCCCUCUCCUCGGCCUUGCCGCCAAUGCAACAGCUGCAGCCGACUACAUAUGCACACGUUUCACCGCCACAUCCGACAAAUUCAACAGCACCACAUACGCCAUUGACAACACCUACCUCCUCUUUUCAGCAUACCUGGUGUUCGCCAUGCAGCUCGGAUUCGCCAUGCUCUGUGCAGGAUCUGUCCGGGCCAAAAACACCAUGAACAUCAUGCUCACCAACGUUCUUGAUGCUGCUGCCGGAGGCAUCUCUUACUACAUAUUCGGCUUUGCUUUUGCCUUCGGUGGACCCUCCAAUGGAUUCAUUGGGAAACACUACUUCGGAUUGAAAUCGAUUCCAUCAAGUGUUUUCGACUAUAGUUUCUUUCUUUAUCAGUGGGCUUUUGCUAUAGCAGCCGCCGGUAUUACCAGUGGCUCCAUCGCUGAGAGAACUCAGUUCGUGGCAUACCUUAUUUACUCUUCCUUCUUAACAGGUUUCGUGUAUCCCAUAGUAUCACACUGGGUGUGGUCUAGUGAUGGUUGGGCGAGUGCCUCAAGAACAAGUGGAAGCCUUCUGUUUGGAUCUGGAGCCAUUGACUUUGCCGGGUCGGGUGUGGUCCAUAUGGUGGGCGGGAUUGCUGGUCUUUGGGGUGCACUCAUUGAAGGUCCAAGAAUCGGGAGAUUCGAUCGUUCUGGGAGAUCAGUGGUCUUACGAGGCCACAGUGGCUCACUUGUUGUUUUGGGAAGAACAGCUGUCACCACCACAUUGGCGGGAUGUACUGCUGGAUUGACCACUUUGUUCAGUAAAAGAUUACUAGUCGGUCAUUGGAAUGUGACCGAUGUUUGUAAUGGGUUGCUUGGAGGUUUAGCAGCCAUUACCUCAGGAUGUGCAGUGGUUGAGCCAUGGGCUGCAAUCGUUUGUGGCUUUGUUGCAGCUUGGGUGCUCAUAGGAUUCAACAAGCUUGCAGAAAAGUUGAAGUAUGAUGAUCCAUUAGAGGCAGCUCAGUUGCAUGGUGGGUGUGGGUCGUGGGGUCUUUUGUUCACAGGGUUGUUUGCCAAGAAACAGUAUGUCCAUGAGGUGUAUGCAACUGGGCGACCUUACGGGUUACUCAUGGGUGGUGGUGGAAAGCUAUUUGCUUCUCAAAUCAUCUUAAUACUAGUGAUCAUAGGAUGGGUGACUGCAACCAUGGGUCCGCUUUUCUUUAUCUUGAAGAAACUCAAGUUGUUGAGAGUGUCAAAAGAAGAUGAAAUGGCAGGAAUGGACAUGACCAGGCAUGGAGGAUUUGCAUACGUUUAUCAUGACGAAGAUGGAAGUUCUCAUCCACCACCAGGUUUCAUGAUGAGAAGGGUGGAACCAUCAAGCGCAAGUCCAACACCAAACAACGACUCAACAAGCAAUGUUGUGUAG